AUGAAUGAAAUCGAAGCACUGCGCCAGGAGGCGGAAACGCUGAAGAAUGCGAUCCGAGACGCACGUAAAGCGGUGUGCGAUACAUCGAUCUUACAGGCCACCGCACAGCUGGAAGCGGUGGGCAGGAUUCAGCUUCGCACGAGACGCACGCUGCGUGGUCAUUUAGCAAAAAUCUACGCUAUGCACUGGGGCAAUGAUUCCCGGUAUCUAGUGUCGGCCUCCCAGGACGGUAAGCUGAUCGUGUGGGAUUCGCACACCACCAACAAGGUGCACGCGAUCCCACUUCGCUCAUCCUGGGUGAUGACGUGUGCGUACGCACCAUCCGGCAAUUAUGUGGCGUGCGGCGGUCUGGACAACAUCUGCUCGAUCUACAAUCUGAAGACGCGCGAGGGCAAUGUGCGCAUUGCGCGGGAGCUGGGUGGCCAUACGGGGUAUCUGUCGUGCUGCCGGUUCCUGGACGACAAUCAAAUCGUGACGAGCUCGGGCGAUAUGUCGUGCGCGCUGUGGGAUAUCGAGACAGGCCAGCAGACGACAUCCUUCCAGGGACACACCGGGGACGUGAUGGCACUGUCUUUGGCACCGCAGGGGAAAACGUUCGUGUCCGGUGCGUGCGAUGCGAAGGCGAAGCUGUGGGACAUCCGUGAGGGCCAGUGCAAGCAGACAUUCCCGGGUCACGAGAGCGACAUCAAUGCGGUAGCAUUCUUCCCGAAUGGGUUCGCAUUCGCGACGGGUUCGGAUGAUGCCACCUGUCGGCUGUUUGACAUCCGGGCGGAUCAGGAGUUGGCGAUGUACUCGCACGAUAACAUCAUUUGCGGUAUUACGUCGGUGGCGUUCUCGAAGUCGGGUCGAUUGCUGUUGGCAGGAUACGAUGACUUCAACUGUAACGUUUGGGACACGAUGAAGGCGGAACGGGCGGGCAUAUUGGCGGGACACGACAAUCGGGUGUCGUGUUUAGGCGUUACAGAGAACGGUAUGGCGGUGGCGACCGGCUCCUGGGACUCGUUCCUGCGCGUAUGGACGAUGAACGAACUGGAAGCGCUACGACAGGAGGCGGAAACGCUGAAGAAUGCGAUCCGGGAUGCGCGGAAGGCGGCCUGCGACACGUCGCUCGUCCAGGCGACCAACAAUCUCGAACCGAUUGGUCGGAUACAGAUGCGCACGAGACGCACGCUGCGUGGCCAUCUGGCGAAAAUCUACGCCAUGCACUGGGGCAGCGACUCGCGCAACCUGGUGUCGGCGUCGCAGGACGGCAAGCUGAUCGUGUGGGACUCGCACACCACCAACAAGGUGCACGCGAUCCCGCUCCGCUCGUCCUGGGUGAUGACGUGCGCGUACGCCCCCUCGGGUAACUUUGUCGCGUGCGGCGGACUGGACAACAUCUGCUCGAUCUACAAUCUGAAGACGCGCGAGGGCAAUGUGCGGGUAUCGCGCGAGCUGCCAGGGCACACGGGCUAUCUGUCGUGCUGCCGGUUCCUGGACGAUAAUCAGAUCGUGACGAGCUCAGGCGACAUGUCCUGCGGUCUGUGGGACAUCGAGACGGGCCAGCAGUGCACCUCGUUCCUAGGGCACACCGGGGACGUGAUGGCACUGUCCCUGUCGCCCCAGUGCCGGGUGUUUGUGUCCGGUGCGUGUGACGCGUCGGCCAAGUUGUGGGACAUCCGGGAGGGCCAAUGCAAGCAGACGUUCCCGGGGCACGAGAGCGAUAUCAAUGCCGUCACCUUCUUCCCGAACGGACACGCCUUUGCGACGGGUUCGGAUGAUGCCACCUGUCGGCUGUUUGACAUCCGGGCGGAUCAGGAGUUGGCGAUGUACUCGCACGAUAACAUCAUUUGCGGUAUUACGUCGGUGGCGUUCUCGAAGUCGGGUCGAUUGCUGUUGGCAGGAUACGAUGACUUCAACUGUAACGUUUGGGACACGCUGAAGGCGGAACGGGCGGGCAUAUUGGCGGGACACGACAAUCGGGUGUCGUGUUUAGGCGUUACAGAGAACGGUAUGGCGGUGGCGACCGGCUCCUGGGACUCGUUCCUGCGCGUGUGGAACUAAAUUCGUGCGGCCAUCAGACACGCAGCUCCAGAGUCAUUCGACAUCGAAG